UCACUCGCGCCAGUGCGGUACGGUAACAGCAACGCAUUUGGAUUUUGACGUGUGACGACGAAGAACUGCAACCAAUUUUGGUUGCAGAUUGACAGUGUAUCAAAAUAAAGACAAUUGGUUAUGAAAAAGUGAUUGAAAUGGCUGAAAGUAAAAGUGCGUUACUUGCGAAAACAGUGCAAAAACAUGCCGGACGGGCGAAAGAAAAGUUGCUGCAGAACUUGGGCAAGGUAGAUCGCACCCUCGACGACAUCUUCGAGGAGCAUCUGCAGAACUUCAACAGGCAGCACCAACAGGCCACGCGGUUGCAGAAAGAGUUCAACAACUACAUAAGAUGUAUACGAGCGGUGCAAACGGCAUCAAAAUCGCUGAUGGAGGCGAUCACAGAAGUUUACGAAAGCGGGUGGUCAGGUCACGAUCUUCUGUAUGUGCAAUCCCAAAACAUGGAGAUGCUUUGGCAGGACUUUUCGCACAAACUUGGCGAUCAAGUUCUCAUACCACUGAACACGUACACUAACCAGUUCCCGGAAGUCAGGAAAAAAAUUGAGAAACGAGGUCGCAAGUUGGUAGACUACGACGGCCAAAGACAUAGUUUCCAAAACCUACAGGCCAACGCUGCUAAAAGAAGGGAUGACGUUAAGGUGACAAAAGGACGAGAACAAUUGGAAGAGGCGAAGCGCACAUACGAAGUACUAAACUCGGAAUUACAUGACGAACUGCCAGCAUUGUUUGAUUCACGUGUUUUCUUCUACGUCAACAAUUUGCAAACUCUUUUUGCUGCUGAACAACUCUUCCACAGCGAGAGUUCUAAAGUAUUCGCAGAGCUAGAAGCGAUCACAGAUAAACUAGGAACAGACUGCCAGCGCGGUUCGUACACCAAGAGAGCUGUCGGCAACAACAUCUCGCCGUCGUCGCCAACUAGCAAAACCAACACGCUGAACACUCACAACGGAAACGCUGCUUCACCCACUAGUACUGUUCAGACGCCACCUGCGACCCCGCCGCGUGCGCUCAACGGUGAUUCUACUCCGCCCCCCGUGCUCGCCAACCCCCCCGAGACUCCCGCCAUCGCCCCCUCCGCUCCGCAGCGCUCACCACCUGAGGACAAAGCUAAGGAACCCAAGGAACUGAACAACAAGGAUGUUAACAACAAACAAGUUAAAAAGAAGGACGUCAAUAACACUGAAGCAAUCAACAAUAACGAGGAGAAACAGGAUAAGAAAGUCGAGGAGUUGUACGAUAUUCCAGUUGGCCCGCCCUCGCCAGUAGCGGCCAAGAUUGCAAAUAACAACGAGAACGAGAAUGCGACUAUUGCUCAAGAGAAGCCACAGGAGAGGGCUGUAGAUGUAGAGGAACCCAAGGAAGAUAAAGAAAACAAAGAGACCAAACAGGACGAGGUCUAUGAUAUACCCGUUGGGGCAACACUAGCAGGACUACCACCAGGCACACUGUACCGUGUACGUGCUACGUAUCGUUACACACGCGAGGAUUCUGACGAGCUGUCCUUCGAAGUCGGCGACAUCAUACGCGUCGUCGAAUAUGAUGAUCCUGAAGAACAGGAGGAAGGUUGGCUAAUGGGCAUCAAAGAGUCGACCAAUGAGAAAGGCAUGUUCCCGGCGAACUUUACACGGCCCAUUUGAGGCGUCGGAGCACCCUUUCUGCCUAGCUCAAGCACGCUCGGUUUUACUUGUAGUGAGCGGCGACGGUAAUGUGGUUGGUUUUCAUGGAUAUCAGGAUCAUAGCUUAUUGUAAAGAUAAUCUUACUUUUCGCAUCUCUUUCGAUGUAAACAAGCGGUCAGAAUAAAUGUUUAUGUGAAUACUACUUUGAUUUCCUGAUUCUAGAUUUUCAUUCUAAGAAAUACACACGUUGGGCAGAAUUAGCUUGAUUACAGAUAUAAAACUUUAGAAACGUAUAUUACAAAAUAUAAAUUACUAUUUCCAUGGAAACCAUCAUAAACGUCGGCGUGAGUUGUUAACUACUGUCCAUUGAGUUUCCUGUGUGUGAGUGAAGAAACUCAGCGGUAGAGUAGAGAACGAACUGUCUGAAGCGUUUUGAGCAUGCUAUAAAACUGGUAAAUGCUUUGACUGUAUUAAAAUGCAAAUACGAUGCAAUUUCUAAAAAAUAGUCAGUCUUCCUCUUAUGUGUCUUGACUAAAAUAAUUAACUCAAUAUUUUUGAUCAAUCUGACCAUUUAGUAUGCUCCUAACACUUCAAAAAAAAAUCUCUAGUUUUAAUUGUUGAAUAUUAAAGAAAUCUAUUAUUUAUUACUUAUGUUGUAUCACAACGAAUUACGGAUUAAUACAAUACCCGUUUUAUUUAACAAUUAUGAUGAUUUGUAACAUUUUUUGUAUAUAUCAUACAUAUAAAUAAGAUCAUUUAGUCACUAUACGUACGGUGUAGGGUUAAAAAAAUUAUUAUCAUUUCUUUAUUUAUUACAACUUAUUAUUAACGCUAACAAUUAUUAAAAUUUUGACAAGUUUAUCAAAUAUUUUUACUAUUUAGUCAUUUUUUUUUAUUUGACGAUAAACAAUAAUGAUUAUAAAAUGCAAACGGAAAUUUUAGAAACAUGUCUAAAUGAGAAGUGACCUUAAAUUAUAAAAGAAACAAUUUAUUUUAAAAGUGUGUAACAUUGUGAACAAAAGUAGUAAAACUAUAUAUGUAUGUGUGUGUAACAGUGUUUUAUAUUAUUAAUAUUUCUGUCAAUUUCGUGUUCUCCCUAUAUUAUUGACUUAAUCUGAAACAUUUCAAAUGUUAUGUGUCAAAAAUUACAUUUCUUGAAACAAAAACACUUACGCAAUUAAAGCUAUUAAUAUACAGCAGAACAUUUCCAUCUACACGUUGCAUUUUAUAUGAUGUUUUGGGUUGCAUUUGGUAUUUAAUGGAAUCGAAUAGUUUAGACAACCAGACAGUUGAGUGUGUUUAAAGCGUCUGCUCGUGGCGUCAUAGGAAUUCCCUUAACUUCAUACUGUUUAAUUUGAAAUAGUUUGUGUGACAUUUACAUCUUACCACAUUGUAACAAGUAAACGUUUAUAUAAUUUUAAUGUAUAUAAAAUGAUUUUAUUAAUUUUUGUUGAUCCUUUUAUUUUAUUUGUUAAUACGAUUUAUUGUCUAGCUAGUACGGAAAAUAUUUAUGUCGUAUGAAACCGUAAACUACAAUAUAAGUAGAAUUAUGUUUUGUUUUUAACCAUUUUAGAGAACCAACUAACUUGAUUAUCUUUAUUUUAAGAUUGCUUUUGAUUAACUGCAAGUAGGUAGUCGUUUUGUAAUUAAAAUUGUUGAAACUGUUGAAUGAGAAAAAUAUAAUAUUAUGUAAGACAUUUAAGAACAAUAUUUUAAUUGUGAAACGACACUUACAUGAAAUGAUCGUGUCAGUCCGUGCCCAGAAACGAAUUGAUAUUACCACGUGUCAAAAACGGUGCUUAGAAGUGUACAUAGUUUAUACAUUUUUGCCCCAUUCUUAGGAAUAAGGAGAGAGUGAAAUGUGUGUUCUACAUUAUAUUGAUUAUUCGAUUUUUCCAACAUUUUUUUCUUUGUCAUUCUUAAAAUCUUUCAUGUUAUAUAAUCAUCAGAUUAAUAGAUACCAAGUACUUUUAAAUCUACUCAAAAUAUAGAUUAAGUGAUUUUUGGAAAUUAUAUUUCAAACACCAACUAAAGUUUUUGAAAACAUUAUCCAUUACAAAUUGACUGAUGUUUUUUGUAGAAAAUGUUGACAAAGCAAGUUGCAACGUAGUCUUAGAGUACACCUACAAACAUAGCUAAAGACAUCACUCUGUGGGUAUUUGUAUAGGUGAUGUAUUUAGUUGUGUUGCUAACUGUACAUCGGACACGAAAAUUGUGGCUUCAUAUCAGCAGUGCCAUGCGAAGGUCCAUAAUAGAUAU